AUGAAAAAAGUGAAAGUGAGAGACAAAGAUUCUGCUUUGAAUGUACCAAUAGAUGCUGCUAUUGAUGAUCGAAAGUGCAGCUACAGUUUAGUAGUCAAAGGAGACCAUAUGGAAGAUAUUCCACAAGUUGAUUGUAGUUCUAUGAAGGUCACCACCGAUAAUGGUGGUUUGGGUGGGGCGACAACCAAUGAUAACCUAACCAAGCACAAAUCAAACAGUAAAGUCAAUAAGGGAUCAAGGUUUGAUGUUCUUGCCAUGCAAAACAUUGAUGACAAUGUCAUUGCCGCCUCUGUCGUUCCUAUGCCAAAACCAAUCGCUUUUACUUAUCCCAGCCAGACCCGUUGUGCAGAACAAAAGGAUCAAUACAAAGCCCCUUUAAAAAUCGAACCCAAUGUUUUUAAGAAGACUACAAAUAGACCCACUACUUUAGAAUCUCCUUUAUUGCCUUCCAAAGAUCAGAAGACACUAGCCGCCUCAAGCUUUACCACGAAAGGAGAGUGA